AUGUCUAGAUAUGGCUGGUCUAGCGCUCGCGGUCGCAUCUCGCCCUUCAGGGGUCCAGAUGACGACAGUGUUCCCCACGUCACUGAUGAAGAUUUCGCAUACAUCACCUCACAGGACCUAGAAGAUGCUGUGACAAGUUCUUCCGGAUUAUCGCGACGCGAUAUUCCGGCCUCCGAUUCUCAGGAAGCAGAAGACGAUGUUUUGUUGGUGAAAAACAAGGGCAUUACGUACCCAUUGCACUUUCCGGCCUACUGCAUCGGGGAUGGCAAGCUCGUGGUCACAGAUCUCAAGGCCAGGCUUGGCACAAUAAUGGAGUUGACAGAUACCCAAGUCCAGAACAUGACCCUUCUUUACAAGGGUAAAAAACUGCAGCUUUCGGAUAGCCCAGUACGAGACUAUGGGGUCAAAAACCGAAGCGAGAUCUUAUCCGUUAUACCGGAAUCAGGCCCUUCGGUGGAAUUUUCGGAUUCGGGGUCGCGGGUCAGAAAAAAGGGAGUGCCACCAAACUCGCCCGAGGAUAGGGGCAUGGACGCUCCAACAAGGUUGAGGCCUGACAAUCAAACCAAGCCCCCGCCGUCCGAGAGCCACGAGAAGGGAUCGGAACCAAAUGCUACGUACGAUUCUGACAACGAAUCAUCGAAACCAAAUGAUACGUACGAUUCUGACAACGAGUCAAUAACCUCGGUUGCAUCUUCGUUAUUCUCAAACACAUCGUCGUCAACUGCUUCUAGCGUAGGCCCAGUUGAACAUCGCAAGGAGGUCUCUGAGCAGUUGGUGGAAAUGCUUCUGAGCAAUGGUAUGCGCUCGGUGUACCAACUUGCCAUCGACAAGCUUGGAAACGAAUUCUUUCUAAAGAUUCAUAAUAGAAUCUUAUCUCGAUAUCUCAAGCGCCUAAAAGAGUCCACUACUGACCCUGGCAUUUUGCUCACAAUUCAAACGCUAUCGUCUCGUUCGCAAAGGAGUCGUGCCAGUCAACUGAUCAUCGGAAUGCUGAGCAGAAACGCCCUAGAAAUAUCCAACUCUGGCCGAGAAAAGCGGUUAAACGAAAGACUAAAAAUUGCCUCUCGGACCAACAGACCUGCAGAGGACCGGGAUGAAACAAGCGAGGAAGAAGUGGAUGAAGACGAGGGCUCGCUGAAAUACCUUGACUUGGUUGUUGCGUUCUUUCGAGAAAGUUCGCAUUUCGAAAAACUCAGAUCUGAAUUACAAUCCGUCACCAACCUUCCAGACCUUCCACAAACCAUUUCGGAGGCAGUUGCUCACAAUGACCCGUUAUUCAUCGCAAUAUUACUAGACACUCAAUUCAGGCAAGCAGCCAGUGGUGAGUAUAUCUGGAUAAAGGAGCUCAAGGAGAUUGGAUACAGCAACACCGACAUUGCCCAACUUCUCCAUGAAAAAGCUCACGACUCACCCUGGAUUUAUUUUAAGCCGGAACACAUGCCAUCUUCAAAAUCACGACCUGACCAUCACCUACUCGAUUGCGCACAUAGUCUCAAGUCAGAAUCGGCUAGAAAGAAUCAGGCAUCAUUCUCCUCCCCACAGCUCGACAAGGACAGACAAGUGAGGCAAGCAGUUGAGGAGUUGUGUGGACUAGGUGGCAUUUUACCCUCCUCGCGCGAUAAGGCAGAAUGGAACGGGACGGUUGCAUUUGACGAAGCCAGAUCCAUGGCCACGAUAACCUACUCCGAUCGGGAUGCACACGGUCACAAUAUUCACUAUUCCCGGGACCUCUUCCGACGACUCAUCCAUAUCGCCGAGCGUUUCGAGACUGCCGCUCGCAUGGUGCAAGACGCCGAGUUCUGUUGUGAUUCGUUCACAGUUUUGAAAUUUGGCGCAUCGUCCAAUGAGUUGACGACACCUGAAGUCCAGCUAUCUCGAAUCGAGUUUUCUUUAGCAAAAUCUUUUCUCCAGGAAAUGAAAACGGCCGUCAAACGUGGAGAGGAGCGAAAUCACGUUUACGGGGAUUUUAUAGGCGAAAACCUGCAUGAGAUCCUGAAGAAAGUUACGGAUGUCCCUCCAGCGGUAACCGCGCACAAUAUUGAACAUCUCUACUCACUGGCCGUUCAAGUAUUAUGCGUGGGGUUUAUUUCGUACAUUCAAGCACAUGUUGGUCCCAUCCAGCCCUUUUUCAUUGACAGGCCGUUAGAAAGAAUUGUUCUGAAGGGAUGUGUGGACAACAUUGAAAUUAAUAGUGGCCACAUUGUUGCUGAGCUUGUUGAUCUGACUUGCCUGGGACAAAUGUGCAAGGGACCCGUCCUUGUGUUCAGGAAGAGUCUUCCAGGCGACGACGAAGCAUCUGACUCCCGAGAUUCAAAUACCAAGUAUGAUAUCCGUGCGACGCCUUGUGAUAUUUUAGAUACAUGGGGCCCCGGAGAGUUGGUUUUCCGAUCAGAAAAGUCAAGUUCUGCCUCGGCAAUUAAACUCGGCGGUGGAUUCAUUAGCCCACCAUCUUCAGACGUCAUGAAUUCCAAGUACCAUUGGGAUUGGUGCUUAAGACUACCCCAGAACCCAGCUCCAAUAGCUCUGAAUGGACCUAUUACAGUUGGUGGGCUGGUUAAUGUUAACUCGGAGUGCAAGAAUGAGGAACAGGCUUGCUGGUCAUCGUCUCUUGGCAAGUUUGAGGAGUUGGGCACGCAUCGCUCCUUCUUCGAAGCGCAUGAGUAUCAGUUCGGUUUUCAGGGAGGCCCGGAUAACUUUUCUCUCACAGGAAAUAAGGUCUGGUCCAAAAGACGCGGUAGAACAAUCAAAACCCGGAACUUGGAACAAGAGGAUUACAUGUUGGUGCCGUUUCUGAGUUUCUACUGGGGGGUCCGGGUCAGCUACUGUACCGGGGUGGCCCAGCGUGUUUCUCUGAGGCAGUUGGUAGCUGACCUGCUACCAGCUUUCUCCAAAACCUACACAAGCAUGGAGUCAAAAAAGAGCUGGCAAGAACUUCUAUCCCAGUACCAUAUUAUAAAGACCUUCCAAACAUCAAAUUCGGCGCAGGAACUUUCCGACUGGCUCAGCAACUUGCCAGACGAACUGUACAAAUUCGUGCUAAGCCUCAUCAGACAGAUCCUUGGAACACUUGCGGAUACAGGCUUGAGCCCAGAUGGUACACAGUUCUUCGUUGCCUGGCCUUACAAUGGCGUAGUGAACAGGUGCUUUCAUAUUCCGUUGUCUUCAUACAACACCUGGGCGCCAAUCCUGGCGGACUCGGACGACUGCGCAACCUUUGCCUAUAUGACAAACACUUGCCUCCAAUCUGGGGCCAUGACGUGCCGUGGCCCUAAUCCAAACUGGGACAAUCGAUUAUAUAUGCUUGAAACCGCAGUUCUCUGUCCAGCCAGCACCGGAGCUUGGUCUCUUCGUCAUGAGCGUACAUACUUCUUCCAUAAGCUAGACAACAACCUCUAUUGGGUGAAAGCUCAAAGAGAGGGAACGCAAAGUGGUGUGCCGGCGAGUCUUGUGAGACUUGUUUCUGCUCGAUCCAUACCCCUUGAUAUCAGGCAAAGAUUGAUAUUCAAAGAAGAGCGGAAAAAGGAGAAGAGAUUGCGUGAGAAAGAUCUUGCAUCUGUACCAGCAGAGGUGGUGUGCGUUCGAUCGCUAGACGCUUUCUCUGUGCAAAGUUUGAGCAAAUCUCUCAGCUAG